GAAAUUGCACUACAUACACUAUUUAGGUUUGACUUUGAAGAAAGUGAAACAAUUAUUUUCCUGCUAAUUAUAAAAACGUUUUAUUUUGUCUUGAGAAAAACGACCAGUUUUAUUAUAAUGUCCCUUCAAGAGUUUUUUGAUAAAGCCAUAGAGGACAUUAAAAAACUUAAGACUACGCCAUCGGAUAAAGAUCUUCUUGAACUAUAUGGCUUGUUCAAACAAUCGACGAUCGGUGAUUGUAAUACGGAAAAGCCAGGAUUCCUAGAUUUUAAAGGCAAAUCCAAGUGGGAUGCUUGGAACGGGCGGAAGGGAACUUCACAGGACGCAGCCAUGCAAGCUUACGUGGAUAAGGUGAACCAUUUGAUCGAACAACACGGAUUACAAUAACCAUGAUUAUUAUAAUCUUAAAAUUUAAGGCCCAGCAAAACUAUAAAAGCAUUGUUAACUGUCAUUAAAGCGUAGUGUUUUAUCUUAAAAUUAAAACUUUUAUUGUUUAUAAAUCAGAAUUGCUAGUCCAAUUCAUAUGUUUCAGUCCAUAAAUUUUGUUUUCUUUAUGAUAUCCAUGUUACGAAUCAUUUGACCAGAUUUGAAUUAUAAACAAGAUUUAUUA